CUACAGUAUAAUGCUUGUGUUUCAUAUUCAUCUAAUCUUUUAUUUUCCUAAUUUCUUGAAUCUUUUAUCCUUUAUCUUUUGUCAACUGUUUGUUUGUUCGGAAUAAUAGUCGGUGUUUUCCGAUUCCAUAGGAUAGAUGUAUAUAUUCAUUGUACCAUUGUUGAAAACUAUUAAUCACAUUCACAUUUUCCAUAUCCAGGCUGCCAGCGAGCACUUCACUGACGAAUUUGACGACGAUGACGUUAAUCGUAUCAGCCAGCCAGAUGAGCACGGCAUCGCCGAAAGCUUCAAUUUUGAAGGCGUGGCCGAGGUGAUUGGUGUCACCAACAACACGAUAAAUAGAUACGAGGGUACAAGUAAUACCGUUACAACAUACGAUGCAACCAACGAUACAGUCAACAGCUAUGAAGUUUCAAAUGGGGACCGAUACAGCUCGACUUACGACACCAAUGUCGUAAAUGGGUCUAACUAUGGAGUAAACGGCUCGGAAAAUGCAUAUAGCAGUAAUGUUAUAAUGACUGCAAGCGGUAAUAUCAUGGAUGGAAGCGGGGCUGGUCAAAUUAGUCAGAACGACGGUGACGUAAGUGAGCGUGGAUACGAUCAGGAUGGUCUACCUAAUGACCCCGUGGCAGACUAUUCCAUGUUUCAGCCUAUUACAACACAGGGUGUACCCACCAUUGUCAACUAAUAAACUCCAUUAAUUAACUGAUAUUACUCAAGCUUCGUAUUGAGUUAAAAUGAGAUUUUCAGACAUCUUUCUCGAGCUAUUUUUAACAAGAACAAGGACCAAGUUCCCAAAUGCAUGCCAUAUCUGCAAUGGGUCCACUCUAUAUCUGCAUAUGCAGCGAGACUGU